AUGACAUACGUAAUAGAAACCAGAGAGGAAACCAACAGAAUAGAAAGCAUGCUUCGGGUAGCCGAAAUGGAAACGCUCAAAACUAUAGUGGUAAAAACAAGAGUACAUCGAGUCAGGAACACUGACAUCAGGGAACAAUGUGGGGUGCAAGACAUCGUAAUAUGGGGGAGACAAAGGAAAAGAUACUGGUACGCCCACGUGAGGAGAAUGGAAGAGAGUAGAAUGCCACGCAUCGUACUUGAAGGGAAACCAAUAGGGAAAAGAGAACACUUGAACAAAACUAUUACGGAUCACCAUGCUAUGCAAAUUAAAGGAAGGUUACGGAGAAUGGGGACUACAGAUGAAUAUAGGAAUGACACAGGACUUGUGUAUAGGAGAGAAAACAAUCGUCACACAAGUAAUUCAUUGUGA